AUGGAAACAAAUGUAAAGAAAAAGAAUGCGAACAAAACCUGUGACGCUUUGCCAAGUGCUGGAGAGGCCCCUGCUAGUGUCUCUAGCAUCUUGCCUUCAGAGCAGGUUUCACCAUCUAACGUGUCAGAUCUUCCCAGAAUUUUGCCCAAACUAGUAUAUCUAGAAGCUGGACCCCAGAAAAGGUGACCAGACACUGUGAUAGUAUCAAAACGAUCAGAUUCUUCAAACAUGUCUCAAAUGCCACUGAAUCGUCCUGUCAUCCCACCAAGAAGACCUUACUUCAGAGUAUGCUAUAUCUGCGGCAGACAAUUUGGGUUACAGUCUAUUUCUAUACAUGAACCCCAAUGCCUAGAGAAGUGGCGUACUGAAAACAAUCAGCUACCAAGGCUUCUCAGAAGAGAGGAGCCCAGGAAACCUGAGGUCCUUACUGGUGGUUCCUGUACACUGAGAGCUGAAAAUGAGGCAGCUUAUCAUUCUGCUCAAGCCCAGCUCCUGCCCUGUGGAAACUGUGGCCGAACCUUCCUUCCUGACCAUCUCAUUGUGCACCAAAAAUGUUGUAGACGCGGUAGCAGCGAUGUGGGCCUUUAUCAUUCUGCUCAAGCCCAGCUCCUGCCCUGUGGAAACUGUGGCCGAACCUUCCUUCCUGACCAUCUCAUUGUGCACCAAAAAUGUAGACGCGGUAGCAGCGGUGUGGGCCUGUCAAGCUCUAGUCCCCGUAAAUCUGGUAAAGGCCCAAGCUCUGGGUCUGGCUCAGCAAGUGAUGAUCCAUCUAAGACCCGUCAAUGGGCACAGGUGAUAAGAGGGCCACCAGCAGUGAUUUGUUACCUAUGUGGCCAUGAGUAUGGAACAAAAUCUAUUACUAUCCAUAAGCCACAAUGCCUGAAAAAAUGGCAUCAGGAGAAUGACACACUACCCAAGCACUUGAGAAGGCCAGAACCCAAAAAGCCUGAAGUCAGUCCCGUAAAAGCCAAAGGUUUGUAUGAUCUUGAUUCUUUAAACGAGGCUGCCUGGAUCAGCGCCCAGAACCAGCUAGUUCCAUGUGAUGUUUGUGGGCGUACUUUUCUUCCAGACAGAUUGAUCGUUCACCAGCAGUCCUGUAAACCGAAACCUGCAAUGUGA